CGGUCGGAAUGAUUACAAGGCUGGCUGAACUUCCGGUUUUUGUGUGGCUCGCCGUCCCCGAGCGGUGGAUUUACAACAAAUUUAGUCUUUAAAUGGCUGCGUUUGCUAAAGAGAAAGCCCAUUCUGAGUCUUAACGUUUAAGUUUGUGUUUCAUUAAGUUCCUUAUUAUUUUUUUCCCGGAGACUAUGUUCAAAACAAUGACGGAAUUCGGUCCAGAUUCGGGAGGGCGUGUAAAGGGAGUGACGAUAGUGAAGCCAAUAGUGUUUGGGAAUGUUGCCCACUACUUUGGGAAGAAGAGAGAGGAUGAUGGACACACGCAUCAGUGGACUGUUUAUGUGAAGCCUUACAGGAACGAGGAUAUGUCGGCGUAUGUGAAAAAGAUCCAGUUCAAGCUUCACGAGAGCUAUGGAAACCCACUAAGAGUGGUCACUAAGCCUCCGUAUGAGAUCACAGAGACCGGCUGGGGGGAGUUUGAGAUCAUCAUCAAGAUCUUCUUCAUAGAUCCCAAUGAGAGACCAGUGACUCUGUACCAUCUGCUGAAGCUCUUCCAGUCGGAUUCCAGUGCCAUGCCCAAGAAGACGGUUGUCUCUGAAUUCUAUGAUGAAAUGAUUUUUCAGGAUCCUACAGCUAUGAUGCAACAGCUGCUAACUUCAUCAAGACAACUCACCUUGGGAGCCUAUAAACAUGAGACUGAGUUUGGUGAGCUAGAGCAGAGAACUAAGGAGAAACUGGAAGCAGCCAAGAAGAGGACGAGCCAGGAAAUCGCAGAGUUAAAAGACAAACUGAAAGCCAGUCGAGAAAACAUAAACCACCUCAAGACGGAGAUCAGAAAACUGGAGGAAGAUGGGGACCACAAAGAACACUGACAAAUUCACUAAAACUUUUUAGCAGCAAAAUAUUACUUUUUCUGUUCUCUGUGGUUAAAUGUUUGUGGCUUGUUUUGUAAAUAUUCUAUGCGCUAGUAGUUUAACUUUUACACAUUAAAUAUAGUCUGUUGCCAUAAUUAGAUUAAUUAUGUUGGAAGAACUUAUCUGCAGAUUCAUCAAAUGUGGACAUUUAGCUUGAGGCAAAUUUGGAUUUCUUGUUUUUUUUCUAAACAUCCUGACUAGGAAGUGGAAUGACAAAUUUACAUUUCUUAAUAUUUUUGUAUUUUAUGCUUAAGGAAAAGAACAUUUGCAACACAAACUUGUUUUUUGUCUGUAUUUCUUUUUUAUGACAGGUUUUUUAUAAAAUGAACUUCUUUCUACGA